CGACGACGACAGUGCCGUGCGCGACUGCCAGAAAGUGCGAGUGUUGGGGGCCGUGCUCGUGCUCCUCCGUUGCACUCGCUCAAGCGCAUCCCCUUCCCUUUCGUUCGCCGGACCCCUUUGCCUCUUUUCGGCAUCUGCAUUCUCUGAAGGUGGAUUAUUAGUAGCAUUGUCGAAGCGGUGGACCCUAUCUAUCCGCCUCGAGAGUAGAUUAGAUGAGAUUCGAAUUCAGCACAAGAGAGUGGAGUAGAAUAGCGUAGUGUAGUGUGGACUGGGUAGAUUAGCUUCCUCGUUCGUUCUUUUAGCGUGAUUUGCAACUACUGCAGUGCACGCAGAUUCGGUGCUCAGAUUGAAGAAAUUUCCACUCGUGGGUUCGAUGUUAAAGUUUUCGGGAGGAAGAGCUUGUUGAGGACGGUUCUUUGUUUGGCGCAUUCCAGGGACCAGAGAAGGAAUCUCGCGUUAUUGAGUUCAAUUGCUGGGACAGGGGGAGAAAUGCUGUCCUGGGGUGGUCUCACACUCUGCCUCAGUGGGGCAGCUCUCUAUUGUUUGAGUUCUAACAGUGGCCGGGAUGCGGCCACGUUGAGGAAUGUAAAGAGAGUAAAUCAACUCAGAGACCUCGCGAUUCUGCUGGAGUCUGCAUGCAAGGCUCUACCCGUGGUUGUUACAGUAGCCGGCAGGGUUGGGUCAGAGACGCCCAUCAGCUGUGAGCACAGCAGUCUCAGGGGUGUUAUUUUGGAAGAGACGGCAGAACAACACUUUCUGAAACACAAUGAUACUGGAUCAUGGAUUCAAGAUUCGGCACUUAUGCUAUCAAUCAGCAAGGAGGUCCCCUGGUAUCUGGAGGAUGGCUCCGGUCGGGUAUACGUUGUCGGGGCACGCGGAGCCACCGGAAUGGAGUUGACCGUAGCCAGUGAAGUGUUUGAGGAAUCUGGUCGAUCAUUGGUUCGUGGUACCCUUGAUUAUCUCCAAGGAUUGAAGAUGCUUGGAGUCAAACGAGUUGAAAGAGUUCUUCCAACAGGCACCGCCCUCACGGUUGUCGGGGAGGCUGUGCAAGACGAUCGAGGUAUCCUUCGAAUUCAAAGACCACACAAGGGUCCCUUCUAUGUCUCACCGAAAAGCAUAGACCAGCUAAUAGCCAAUCUCGGCAAGUGGUCCAGAUGGUACAAAUACUUAUCACUCGGCUUCACCGCCUUUGGGAUUUACCUGCUGACAUCUCAUGCUGUGAAGCAUUUCUUAGAGAAAAGGAGGCGAGCAGCGCUUCAAAGAAGGGUUAUGGAAGCAGCAGCUCAACGACUAGAACGUCGAACGGACAUGGAAGAUAAUCGGGAGGGGACAACUGACAAGUGCGACAUUGAUACGACUGUGAAGAAGGAUGGAACUCUGCCGGAUCUAUGUGUGAUUUGCUUUGAACAUGAGUAUAAUGCAGUCUUUGUGCCGUGCGGGCAUAUGUGUUGUUGUACAUCUUGCUCAUCCCAGCUUGUGUACUGCCCUCUUUGUCGGAGUCGAAUCAACCAAGUCGUGAAGGCCUACCGUCACUGAGAGAAGCUGGUUGGUAUACCAAGGCAGACAGAAUUUGUAAAUAUUGGAAAGCUUUUGUAAAACCCCCUCAACACCAUAAGAACACCCUCAUUCAUAGUACUCCUUGUCAAAGGUUUUCAGCAUGCAUUACAGACGACCGUGUGUAGCAAGCUUACACGGACAUCAGAUGGAAGUAGUUUAUUGUCGCGUUUUACAGUGUGGUUCUGGUAACCUCGAAGCGCGUGUUGGUGAAAUCCGUUGGGCUUUUUCUUAAUCAAAGACAACAGAUAUGGCAGAGAAUACUUGGUUGCCGGUGCACCGAAUUCAAGAAUGGGAGGUCCAUGUUUUAGGUUUCUGUAUGUAAAUCUUUUUAGAGUAACUAAUACAGCAGACGACUCGAAAGUCAAAUUGUUCAACACCCGAUUGUGAAGCAUCUCAUAUCUUUUGGAAUCGAAUUG